GGGAGUGGUCCUUUUGGGGCUCGGAGAGCCGGGGCCCCACAAUCUGUCAGGAUCCUAAUUGAUCUUCAGAUGAGUCCAAGGUGUGAGCCCCAGAGGGAAGGACCCAAUUGAAGUGAUCUUGCUUUGGAGUUCCCGGGUACCAGCUUAACUAGAAGGUGAAGGUAGUGGGCGAUGCCUCCAGCCCAGGAGAAGGUUCCUGUCCUGAGACCCUUAAUCAGAGUUCCAGUACAGCACCUGAAGUGAAGGAGCAGCCCCUGGAACUGCUCGCUGGUGAUAAAACAAUUCCUGGUCAUCCUGGCGGCCAGAGAGGACUGGACGGGUGAUCACAUGGCCUUGGACUCAAUGCUUGGGGAAAGAGCUCAAGGUCCUUCUCUUCACCAAGACAGCAGCAUGGAGGAAGAGGAGGGGAUGACUCUUGAGUUCCUUGAAGCUAGGUUUCAGGCAUCGGUGAUGUUUAAAGAUGUGGCUGUGGACUUCACCCGGGAGGAGUGGAGACACCUGGAUCCUGCCCAGAGGGCCCUGUACAGGGAUGUGAUGUGGGAGAACUAUGAGAACCUGCUCUUCUUGGGCCUUCCUGUUUCCAAAAUGGAUGUGAUCUCCCUGUUGGAGAGAGGAGAAGCCACAUGGAGGCCCAAGGGAAGAGGUCCAAGAUGCUCCUGUCCAGAUUCCUUUAUUGAAGAGAGCAGAGUUAUAAGCAAAGACUCCUUUCUGAUACAGGCUAUCUGCAUGGAAGAAUCAUCUAAGAAAAGAUUGCCAAAGGAUCCUGUCCAGUGUUCAAAGAUACGAGAAGCUAGAGAAGAUAUUAAUUUAGAGAAACCAAAGGGUAACUGGGAGAGACAGGCUGGACGAGUGGAAAUCACUCCUAGAACAACUUUUAGUAAAGGGACUGUGCCUCAGGAUAAUACACUGGGGAGAAGUUUUAGUGCGGGGUCUGUCUUGGGCGCAUUGUGGAAGGGAGGUGUGGAGAAAUGUUUCCAUAAGUAUAAGACACUUGGAAAGAACUUCAGGGACUUUUCCGACCUGAAUGUGUGUAAUAGAUCUUCCUUAGAGAAAAAUCUGGGUAAGUGUAGCUUGUGCAGGAAGACCUUCAGUUACCGCUCAGACCUAAUUAAAUUUCAUAAAAUUCAUACUAGAGAAAGGCUACAUGAACACAAUGAAUGUGGAAAAGCCUUUGGCAGAAGACAAAAUGUCAUUAGACAUCACAGAAUUGAUACUGGAGAAAAACCUUAUGAAUGUAAUCAAUAUGGGAAAGCCUUUAGUCACAAGGACAUCUUGACUAAACAUAAGAAAUUUCAUAUUGGGGUGAAACCCUUUGAAUGUAAUGAAUGUGGAAAGUCCUUCAGGGAAAGUAAAGUACUCAAAAGCCAUCAGAGAAUUCAUACUGGAGAGAAACCUUUUGCAUGUAAUGAAUGUGGGAAAGGCUUCAGCCAAAGGGCCAACCUUGUUAGGCAUCAGAGAACUCAUACUGGAAUGAAACCCUUUGAAUGUAAUGAAUGUGGGAAAGCCUUUAGCCAGAGGGGACAGCUCAUUUAUCAUCAGAGAAUUCAUACUGGAGAAAAACCCUUUGAGUGUAGUGUAUGUGGGAAAUGCUUCAGUCGGAGGGCAAUCCUUAUUACCCAUCAGAGAACUCAUACUGGAGAGAAACCCUUUGCAUGUAACGAAUGUGGGAAAGCCUUCAGUGAGAGUAAAGUACUCAAAAGCCAUCAGAGAAUUCAUACUGGAGAAAAACCCUUUGAAUGUAAUGAGUGUGGAAAAGCCUUUAGCCAGAGGGGGCUGCUUAUUUAUCACCAGAGAAUCCAUACUGGAGUGAAACCCUUUGAAUGUAAUGAAUGUGGAAAAGCCUUUAUUGAGAGUCAAGUAUUGAAAAGCCAUCAGAGAAUCCAUACUGGAGAGAAACCUUUUGAAUGCAAUGAAUGUGGUAAAGGCUUCAGUCAGAGGGGCCAUCUUAUUAGGCAUCAGAGAACUCAUACUGGAGUAAAACCCUUUGAAUGUAAUGAAUGCCAGAAAGCUUUCAGUCAGAGAGGAAACCUCAUUUAUCAUCAGAGAAUUCAUACUGGAGAGAAGCCUUUUGAAUGUAGUGAAUGUGGGAAAGGCUUCAGACAGAGGGCAGUCCUUAUUACCCAUCAGAGAACUCACACAGGAGUGAAACCCUUUGAAUGUAAUGAGUGUGGAAAAGGCUUCAGCCAGAGAGGACACCUUAUUAGACAUCAGAGAACCCAUACUGGAGCAAAACCCUUUAAAUGUAAUGAAUGUGGUAAAGGCUUUAGCCAGAGUGGACACCUUAUUAAACAUCAGAGAACCCAUACUGGAUCAAAACAUUUUGAAUGUAACAAAUUCCUUCAUCAAGAACAGGGUAUCCCAAAGUAGUUGUCCAUCAAUUGAGGAAUGGUUAAAUAUAUUGUGUAAUAUAAAUAAUGAAAUACUUCUGUACUAUAAGAAAUGUUAAAGAAUUCAAAGAAAUAUGAGACAACAUGUACAGUUGCAGGUUGAAGUAAGGCGAACCAGAAAUACAGUAUAUAGAAUGAGUACAACCAUAUAAACAGAAAGAACAAAAAAAAAUUAAAUGCAAUGUAAUUUUCAUGACCCAGCUUGACCCCGGGGAAUGCAUUUGCCUUCCUUUUUUGCAGAGAUGGGGAGACUAGGGAUAGAUAACUUUGUGUUUGCUGUCAGACUUGCUGGAUUAUGUUGGUUGGUUUUGCUAUACUGCUUCCUACCUUCCCCACCUUCAUUCUGGGUGGAAAGGGGUGGUCAUGUGAAAAUGUAUCAAAAUUAUUUUUUAAAAAUUAUUUUAAAAGAACAUGUUAUGCUAGACAAAGCUCCUUUCCUUUACUGAUGGUGGGGUUACUAAACUACUAUAUAUCUUACUGAUGCAGAAUUGUUUACAUGUUGUUCUCCACCACCCCCUCCCUAUUAGAUUGUGAGCUCUUUGAGGGCAGGGACUGUUCAUUUGUUUUUUGUUUUUUAACCCUUCUUUGUAUCCCCAGUGCUUAGCACAGUGCCUGGCACAUAGUAGGCACUUAAGAAAUGCUUAUUGAUCAACUAACUGAGAUUAAGGAUAUGUUGUAGGUAUAGUUUAACCUACAAUGAGUUUAGUUAAUAAAGUCUUUUUGUGGAAAAAAAAAGAGCAAAAAAAAAAUAGAGCAAUGUAGACUAGAUAAUUGUAAAAUUAAAUGGCUCCACAACUGGUUGAAUCAUCAACUCCAAAGAGUCAUCUUUAGUAUUCAAUGUCAGAUUGAAAGGCCUGCAAGGGAGUGCUCCAAGUUCCUGACCUACUUGAAUUUUUGUCGGCAACUUAUGUGAAGACACAGAUGCUGCACUUACGAAACUUUCUACUCCCUUCUGUGUAUUCAAAAAAAAUUUUGUUGAUGUUCUUUUUUUUCUUCAGCCUCACUGUCCCUAACCUUCCUCUGCUCAUCGCCUAAGUCUCUUCCCUUACCCCUCAGAAGCCUUCUAUGUUCACAUAUGCGUAGUCGAGCUAAGCAGCUCAGUCCUUUGGUCUUCUGAGAAGAGACAUUUCAUUCUGCAUCUCUACUCAAGAUGUGGAAGACAUGGUUCACCUUCAUCUUUAGCAGCCAUCAUUCAUGGUACUGAAGAAGAUUAAGAAAGGGGCCUAGACAGACAAGAUGGUUUGGGAACUACUCCAUUAAGUUUGUUAUGUAAUUAAAAAACACGUUGCAUAUCAUCAAAAUGCACAGUUACUUGUAUCACUUUCCAAGAGGUUUUGUACAUGGAAAUGAUGUAAAAUAGGAAAUCAAAGCCUUCAUGAAACUCCUCUUAUUUGGCCAGGGACUGGGUUCUAUGUGACAAGGCUUGCCUGGAAGAGCCUUCAAG